AUGCCGCCGCGAUUCUCAGCUCAGCCUUCUUGGAAGGCAUUGACUGGUACACUUUACAGGCAGAGCCCGGUUGCUGUUCCGUCCAAUGCAUCCCACGUCACUGUGAGGGCAGCAUCUACCAAAGCGCCAACACAGAAAAGAACAGAUUUCUUUAGGGCCGCACAGGCUCGUCAGCGAAAGGCUGCCAACCUCUCCCGACAAAAGCUUCUUCAGGAGGAGCGGGAAGCCUCGCUUGGUGACCCCGUGGAGAGCCAACCCACGCCUUUCAUCCAAGAUAUCCAAGAAAUCUCUUCUUCGGCACCUAGCACCGGUAUCAACUACUAUUUGAAAGCCGACGACCUCAAAAGCGCGUUGCAAUUCUCCAAGGACCUGUCCGAGCCCCUUCAGAACCCGAACCGUGAUACAGCAGACCCCCAAGCCGAAAAGGAAGCAUUGGAAAAGCACCAGGAUUCCCAUCGCAAUGCAGAGGAGGCUAUCCAGCGCAUUGUGGAUCUCAACAAUGGAAACAGCAAAGAUCGGAUGCGGUUGAACAUACAGAAGUGCAUCGAAGAGUUUGGGCGACACAGCACUGAUGCUGUACUACCACCGAAGCCUGCCAGCGUGCCACACCAAUCGGCUCCAAUUCACGCAGAGAAGGCCCCUCGUGUUGGUAUCGACACAGGCUCUCCCGAGGUUCAGGCCGCGAUUUUGACAAUCAAGAUCAUGAAUCUUUCUCGGCACUUGCAGACUGCCAAUAAGGACAAGCACAACAAGCGCAACUUGCAGUUAUUGGUCCACAAGCGGCAAAAGCUUCUCCGUUAUGUCCGACAGAAGGAGCGCGGUGGUCCCCGAUGGCAGAACCUGAUGGAGAAACUCGGUCUGUCUGAAGCUUCAUGGAAGGGAGAGAUUGCUCUGUAG